AUGGUGAUAAGAAAAGUAUUUGUGAUGAUGUUUGGUAUGGAGUUGAAGGGAGGAAGUAGUUAUUGGGAGAAGGGAAAGUUGGGAGAAGAAGAAGAAGAAGAAGAAGAAGAAGAAGAAGAAGAAGAAGAGAGGAGAAGAGAAGAGAGAAGAAGGGAGAGAGGGAGUGAAGUGAGUGAGGUUUGCAAGUUUUGUGAGUGGUUGUCUUUCACGGUGAGAGAGAUGCGGUGCCCACUGAAGCAUAUGGGAUGGAUGCGGGGGGUUAAGAGAGGUCCUUAUGAACAUGAUAAGGGUUAUGAAAUUGGUGAGUUAAGAAGUGUAGUGGCCACCAGAAUUGAGAUUCCAUCUAUUUACAUGCCAGAAAUGAUAGAUUUACAUCAUAACCCGAAGAUAGAAAGAAAGGUGGGUCCCGAAGAUUGGUAUAUUGUUGUUUUUGCGGGUCUUGCUGGGGACCAGAUCACUGUCUUUUUUUCUUCCUUCCAUCUCAUCCUUGUCAAUGUAGAUCAAGAGAAACACGUGAAAACGUAUGAUUUUAUUGAAUAA